AUGAAGAAGAGGGUGAGGAGGAUGAAGAAGAGGGUGAGGAGAAUGAAGAAGAGGGCGAGGAGAAUGAAGAAGAGGGUGAGAAGCAUGAAGAAGAAAGCAUACAGCGACAGAGAGAUGAACAGCCAGAGGGACAGCAAGUGGAUCCAUGUGGAUCAAGUACUGCACCAUCAGGUUUGUGAUGAGGAAGGUUCUUACUAUUUGCAAAGCAAUGCAAUUACAAUGUAAUGGUAGGCCUGCUGGGUGUCCUUAAAAUGCUGCUUUCUGCUGUUAAUUCUUUUUUGUGUCAAUAUGGCUCUGUUUUUUUUUUUAAGUAAAUACUUUGCCUACAUUUUGAAAUACAUGCAGAUAUACAGUAAAUAAAUGUUGUAGUUGUGCCCUAUGUUUACUGUCCAUCUUCUUCAGAUAUCAGCAAGUCUAAGUAUGACGUACCAGUACAGCCGAACUUGAAGAUAUUCCCAACCACACUGAUGGGGGACAGAAGACGAAGCUUCAGACCAAACUGGUACACUACUCAUCCAUGGCUUGAGUAUUCUGUAAUGACGGACUCUACAUGUUGCUAUGCAUGUAGACAUUUUAGCACACCAAAUGCCCCAGACACCGUUUUUGUUUCAACACCUGGUUUUACAAACUGGAAAAAGGCAACUAUGAGAAAUGCAGGGUUUUCACUACAUGCAAAGUCUGAACGACACAAGUGUGCAAUGAUCGCAUGGAGGGAUUAUCAAAGAGCUGUUAGAACUGACGCAACACUAACAGAUCUCCUUGACAAAGAACACACUAAACAAGUACAAGAAAAUCAGGCAUACAUUAAAACAGUUGGGGAAGUGCUGUUGCUUACAGCUACACAAAACAUAGCACAAAGAGGACAUGAUGAAUCUGAAGGGUCCACUAACAAAGGAAACUUUAGGGAAAUUCUUAACACAGUUGCUAACCACGACCAACUUGUUAAGAGAAGAUUAACUUCCAUUCACAAUGCAAAGUACACAAGCAAGAUCAUCCAGAAUGAGGUUUUGGGUUGUUUGGCAGAAAUGGUUCGGUCUGAAAUCAUAGAAGAAGUGAAGAAAAGUGAGGUUUUUAGCGUCAUGGCAGAUGAAACAAAGGAUAUUUCAAAAAAAGAACAGAUGUCCUUCACACUCAGGUACUAUUACAAUGGGGCCAUUAAGGAGAGUUUUCUCCAUUUUGAAUCUGCAGAGAGGUUAGAUGCAGCAGGGCUUACUGGAAAAAUAGUACACUUACUGGAACGUUAUGGCCUGGACUACAAAAAUAACCUCGUAGGCCAAGCGUACGAUGGCGCUGCCGUUAUGAGCGGUAAGCAUUCAGGGGUUCAGGCAAGGAUCAAAGAACAGGCUAAAUUUGCCUUCUACGUCCAUUGUAGUGCUCAUUGUCUGAAUUUAGUGUUAGUUGAUGUAGUCAAAAGUGUCCCAGAAACGGAGGAGUUUUUUUCUUUGUUACAGAGUCUUUAUAUGUUUACUUCUUCCUCAUAUGUGCACCCAAAAUGGCUGUCUCUCCAAAGAGAAAUGUAUGGCAGAACCAGAGAGCUGCAACGUUUAAGCGACACACGUUGGUCAUGCCGAUUUCUAGCCCUACGUAAUAUCAUGGACACUCUACCUGCCCUUAAACGACUACUGCAAGAGAUUGCUCAAGAACGUCAUGGUGAAAGAACUGUUGAGGCCCGAGGUCUUCUUGCUCAAAUUGACCUAGAAUUUGUUGUGCAUCUUGUUACUCUGCGUAAGUUGUUUGGGGAGACAAAGCUAUUGUCUGACAUGUUACAGUCACAAACUGUUGAUCUGUCAAGUGCUGUUGACUUAGUAAAUGCUUUAGUCCUGACAUUGAAAGACCACAGGCAGGAGUCUUUCUUUGAUGAGUUGUGGGAUGAAGCAUUGAAUAUUUGUGAGCAGUGUGAUUCUGCAACAAGGUCAGUGGCGAAACGUCAGAAAAUGCUGAGCUCUAGACUCAGUGGCUACUGCACGCUAAGCACUGUUGGUCAGAGGGAGGUAGAACGUGACAAAGAUAUGUUUCUCACAUCAUUUUUCUAUCCUGUAAUUGACAGCAUGCUCAAUGAGUUGAACAGACGUUUCUCCAAUACAAACUGUGAGCUCAUGAGAAGCAUACAGUCUCUCAGUCCCCAGAGUGAUACCUUUUUAAAGGAGAGCAAUGUUUUUUCAUUUGGCCGUUUGUAUAAUGCAGACAUUGAUGAUUUAGGGCAUGAGCUCCAUCAAUUUAAGAGAGUUUUGGACAGAAAAAUACAGAGUGGUGAAGUCAAAAAGCCAUGCAGUACAGUUGAGCUGGUUUGUUUUAUUGAGCCAUACAGGGAAGUUUUCUUUGAGCUCUUUAGACUGUGCAAGAUUGCUGUAACCCUUCCUGUAAGCUCAGCCUCUUGCGAACGCAGUUUCUCCACACUGAAACUGAUAAAAACCUUCCUGCGGUCCACCACUAGUGAUGAGAGACUCAGUGAUCUUGGUGUCCUGAGCAUAGAGUCCAGAAGGGCCAAGGCUCUGGAUCUUGAUGUAUUUGUGGACCGUUUUGCCAGACAGCACAACCGCCGUAUCCUGUUGCUGUAGUGUAUCUAUAUGAUAUAUACGCUAGUAGCGUAUGAGUGCCGCUGUGAGGAAAAAGAGAUAUAAUGAACAAUAAAACAACAAGCUUGAGCUUCUUAAGACACGGUGGGUUUAUCUGUUCUCAAUACCACCGGUAAAAUGAAUGGAGUUAGUCUGGUGUCCGCAUGAAGUUACGUGUGUAGACAAAGAGUCUGGUGUCCAUAUGAAGUUACAUGUGUAGACAGAGACAGUCUGGUGUCCAUAUGAAGUUACAUGUGUAGACAGAGACAGUCUGGUGCCCAUAUGAAGUUAAAUGUGUAAACAAAGACAGUCUGGUGUCCAUAUGAAGUUACAUGUGUAGACAGAGACAGUCUGGUGCCCAUAUGAAGUUAAAUGUGUAAACAAAGACAGUCUGGUGUCCAUAUGAAGUUACAUGUGUAGACAGAGACAGUCUGGUGCCCAUAUGAAGUUACAUGUGUAGACAAAGAGUCUGGUGUCCAUAUGAAGUUACAUGUGUAAACAGAGACGGUCUGGGGUCCAUAUGAAGUUAGAUGUGUAGACAAAGACAGUCUGGUGUCCACAUGAAGUUACAUGUAUCUACUUAGAUGAACCCACCGUGUCUUAAGAAGCUGAAGCUUGUUUUAUUUUUCAUUUUACAUCAUCUAUCUUUUUUUCCUCACAGUACCAGUAGUUCCACACACUACUAGCGUGUAUGUAUGUUUGUAUGUAUGUAUAUAUAUCCCACCAAUCCUCUCUCAAGAGGUUUUCAAAAAGGGGCAAACUCAUGUCUCAAGACCUGCUUCUGUUGGUUCCCCUCUCCUGCCUGUAACUUUCCAUCCACAUCCCCAAAGUUUUGUGGCCCAUUAUGACAUCACUCCAUUAAGUGAUUGCUGCAUGUACUGCUCUAAGGAAACACUUCUCUCUCUCUCUCUCUCUCUCUCUCUCUCUCUCUCUCUCUCUCUCUCUCUCUCGAUAGAUAGAUAGAGUUUAUGAUUUUAUUCUUUUGAAUUAUCUCUGCCAAACAUCUAUGUACUACAAAUCUUCAAGCUCCACAGAUGUUUUAUGGCAUCCACUAAACCUCUUUAGAUAUUUGUAAAUUAUACAGUGUGAUACCUUUCAACGAAAGUUUAUUUUAUUUUUUACCAACUAUGAUUUUUCCUUUUGAAAACAAGCAAAGCAAGAAAAAAAAGAAACAAAAUCACUCCAAUCAUUGCACACUUGUGUCGUUCAGACUUUGCAGGUCCAGCUUUGACAUGAUGAUCUAACUAACACUAAUAUUGUAACUAAUAUUGUAACUGAAAUAUGUAUGAUCCUAUGAUGAGCGAUUGCUUACUUCCCUUUCACUCUUAAAAAAUUACUGGAAAAAAAAUGUGUAUAAAAAGGUAUAUGUAGUAUAUGUUUGUUUAGUGAGCAUUCAUGCUGUCAUUUUUUCCUAAUGUGAACUAUGGUGGAAAUGUGCUGUCCUAAAUGGACUUGCCCAUAUAUGUUGUAAAGCCUUUUUUUGUACACCUGCUCAUCAACUGACAGUGAAGUACACAAAGACACAGACACACACACACACACACACACACACAGACACCUGUAAUAUUCUUGUUUUCAUGUUGUUGCUGAUAUCCAUCAGUGUUGUUCAUAUUGCUACAUUGUGUUGACAUGAUUGUUGCUUUUAAACGAAUGUUAACUUAAUGUUUAUUGUCUGCAUCCUAUUGGACUACUGGAUGUUAAUGUGUAACACGUUUCCCUGUUUAUGUGCUUUAGCAAUACUGUAUGUCAAUAUGGUCAUGCUAGUAAAGCCUCUUUGAAUUGAAUUUCUUUUCUGAUUUGGUUUAUUUUACCUAAAUGGAUACAGGGUAGUGUGUUUUGUUUAUAAAUCACUCAGAAAGUUUUCUUUCUUAAAACAAAAUGUGGAAUCAACUGUCCACAGUAGUGGGGCUCCAUAAAUAGGAAAUGGCACAUUGUUGUACCCUUUGUUGUAUCCUGGAGUUUUGUUCACAUUGAAUAUGAACCCUGUAUUUGUACCCUGUACUUUUAAUUUUUUUUAUUUAUUUAUUUUCAUUUUUAUGGCACUAUCUCUCUUGCAUCUGCACUCUUGUACAAAAUACGUGUUAUAAUAAAUGUCAUAUGAUUUUAAAGUAAAAUAAAGUUUAUAAUCUUUGAAUAUCAUGUGUUGCCAGUUUUUUUAUGUGUGCCCCCCUGAUUAAACACUGGCCCCUCCUUGGCCCCCCUAGUAAAAUGUGUCUAGAACCGCCACCUAUUAGGACCAUUGAUUCUGCAUUGUAAAUUGACAUGUAUUUUUUCUUAUAAUUUUUACGGAAAACCGAUAAAACAAUGGCAAUGUAAACGUUAAGCAACAUUUUCCAUUUGUCACAUACCUACUGCCCACCCAGUUGACUACUUAAAAAUGGAGUAAGUCCUCAAUAGCGCUGCCCAUGCUAAGACAAGCUUUUGGGCAAUAGAGUCCUCUAUCUAUCUCUAUGCUCAAACCAAAGACGUCUUCCUCACUGCUUAAACCAUCCAAAAUAUUUGCCCAUACUCUGAACCAUGUAGCUAGAUUGUAACUUGCUCUGCUGCUAAAUAGCCACAGCAAGCCCUAGGCUACAGCUAACUAGCCUACUGGUAUUCAAUCAAUGUAAAAAGGAAACCUACCUUUUCUAAUUGUGCCAGUUUAUCCUUCAAUGCAACUAUCUCUUUUUCUUUUUCCAUAAGUCGUGACUUCAAACAGGAAACCUCUUCCGCCAUUGCUGCAAUACGAUAUAGGACACGUGGGAUACAAAACGGUUACAAUGUUAGCGAAAUAAUGCCACAAUCUUACUUAUUGCAACUGUUUUAGUGAUUAAUGUAUGUUGUCCUUUGUAAAAGUCGGACUAGGCACUUCCUGGUCUACAGAAGAGACCCCACGUGGAAUGAGACCACGUGCCAGUUGGGGGUGCGUUCCCAAUGACUGUAGCCUAUUCCCGCGCCACAUCGAAUCAAGCGGGAGAUCAAGGCACUGCAUGCACUGUGGUCGCUGAGCAGUUCAGUUCCCACAGUUUGAUUACUUUACUAUAGGAAAGUAGGCUAAUUGAAAUAUCUCAAAUGAAAGUUAUGAAUUCACUUGGAAAGGCUUACAUUUGAACUUACAAUCGUUUACUUGUAUUGCUUGAUUACCAUGCCUCCUAAAAUGCAGAUACAUUUAGAGAUGCAAGCUUUGUUCAAAUGUUAAUAUCUGCAAAAUCGAUUUGAAGUCUUCAUAACAAAUCAAACAUGAAACCAAAGUGACAAUUUCACAUAAAUAGACCCUCUGCUCUGUGGCGCCUUGGUAUUAAAAAAAAACGGUGACGCUGUAGAAUGCCUCUGGUCCUCCCUCAUGUUUUUCACAUGAUCCAAGAUUACACGGAGGAGAGGUUUUGAAUGUUCAGUGAGAGAAACCGCAGCGAUGGCUGAACGUCGCUCCAGUCCGUUUAUGCAUUUAUUUUAUGUAGUGAGCAUUUUUGCAACAUUUAUCGAUAAUAUCAAUGGACAGAGAGCACAGCUCCCAUGGACACAAGAGAAGGUAGGCUACAAAAAAAUAUAACAGUACACUGUUCAAUGAUUAUGUGUGCAUGAUCUUGUUGCUUUUAUCAAAACAAAAAAGUUAUUACUAAAUUAUUACUUUCUGUUGCAUAGCAUAUAUGAUUUCUAUAGUGUAUUUAGAAUAUGUCAUAAAGUUCAAAUUUUCUAAAGAGACAGAUAGGUGGGCAAAAAGGCAUUGAAUGACUAAUGAGAGAUGAGAGAAGGCAUUGAGAUAGAGACAGUAGACAGUCUUUAGAAUGUUUGCAUUUUAAUUUAUCUAUAAUUAAUAAUAUUGCAAAGCAUUUAUUUACACAGGUUUGUAAUGUAAAUAGUAGAAUCCAUUCAAAAUAAUAAUAAACCACAGUUUGUUUUUACAAUGCUCACCUCAAAUGGCCUUUAAUGCAUCCUUAAUAGGCCUACACUUCAGAGCUAUUCAUUUGCAAGAGAUGUUGUGUAAUUCCUUUGAGAUAAAGGGUGCUUGGCUAUGCAGGUCCCAUGUUGUUCAUCUUCUCUUCUCUUUGUCUCGUUGCUAUGGCAGCACAGUCAUCAUCAUUGAUCCACCAAUUGCAGAUCUUGAUAUUUAUAGAUCUAAAGUGGACCCCCUUUUAACCCUUUCUCAGUUCAAUGUGUAAGCCAUGGUGUGAGACCAUUCCCUUAAAGCGCACAUCUUGGAAAGAGAUAUUCCAAUACAAUAUCCCCACAGUGUUGUCUUUAGGUCUCAGUGAUCAAACCAGGUGGAUGGUUGGCAGAGAAAUGACAAGAGUAGGCCUAUGCAGGGCAUGUUUCAACAGGUAAUCCUAUAACAAAACAUGAUUGUGUCCAAUUGAAAUAUUAUUACCUGGUACAUAACCAGUUUAUUACUGUGUUUCAUUGGUUAAUAGCCCAUGUGUUAAUGUUAUUAGCCCACACUGAUAUGAACUUCUGCAAUGGAACCUGCUAAAUGGAGAGAGAAGAAAGAUAAUGCUCUGUUCAUAUUGAUGUUGACCUUUCAGUCUGAGCCCCAGAGAACCCAGACAUCAGUUUCAUAACACAGAUCAUCUCCUCAGCCAGAUCACCACAUGUAAAUUAUACACCGAAUCAAUAGAGAGCUGCUGAUCUUCAGAGCACAGUGUAGGCUACAGGGGAAGGGUGUUGAAAUGUUGGUGUUAUUCUCUUAUUCACCAUCUUUUUUUCAACCACUUACUGUCCUGGCGCUCAGUCCCAGUUACCAGGACAACAGAGGAUCACUGCACAAGAGGCAGGUGAACUUUGAGACCAAACAAAAAUGAUCAGGGCUGGUGGAAUGGAAUACGAUCAAUACCGUGUUGUGUCCAUGGGUUUCUUCCUAGAAUGGCAUUAAGGCUUAUUUUGUGGACAGAUUUUGGACUUAUUUGUUUUUCUCCCUCGUCAUCAAGCCUACAAAAUAAUUGUGAUAUGCGUUGUCUUCCAAGCAGAUAGAAAUAUCUUUCCAUCAUUUAUCUGUGGGAAGCUACAGUGAGAGCAAGGUACAUUUAUUAACAAGCAUCCUUCAUAUUUCUGAGCUGCCUGCUAGCAUACCUUUCACACAAGCCGCAGCUGUAGUAACCUGCCAGUUUAUUUAAAACCUUCAAUCAUGUUUCCUGGAUCUGUGAUUGCUUCUUGUCUCCUGAAAUGUCUCGCAGCAAAGGUGCUUGAAUUCAUUACAGGCAUUCACGAUCUUGUCAAAUCAGUCAUGAACAGUCUUGUCAAACCAUAAAUGUACACACAGUGUGUCAUUCCUAUAUGAAAACAAGAAUAAACUAGCUCACUUGCAUCACUUUGGGUUUUUCAAUUAUUGGGUAACCUUGGGUUUUUGGACGAUUGGGUAACCUUGUCUGACGAAGUAGCUUGGGUACUGUGACAACAAAACAUUCAGAAUAUCUGUGCAAAUGGACCAAUAAAGCAAAUAUUGUGUUAUAUUGUAGCUUGUCUUGGUAGACAUGAGCCAGACACACUAUACAAAUGAUUGUAUAGCAUGGUGUAAACUGACAGUUUGAAACCCUACAGUAGCCUAUGUCCUGUCCUCUAGAUAUUCCACAAAGCUACAUUAUAUAAAGAGACUGUGAUGAUCUAUGCGUCAUGUGUAUUUCCUGCCCAGCAUGUUCCUCAAUUUGAAUGCAUCACUAGAGAUUUCCCUUUCUCUACUUUGAAGAUCUGCAAGUUGCAACUGUAGCACAAUGUUUUUUCACGGUGUUCUAAACUGUAUAUUUCCAUCUACACACUGUAGAUGCACUGAUUACCCAUGGUCUUAGUUUACCUGCAUGGCUGUCAUUGUUCAUUGCUUUCUGAGAGGUUGAACUAAUCUACCUCCUUGGUAUCCUCCCGAGUGGCGCAGUGGUCUAAGGCACUGCAUCGCAGUGCUAGCUGUGCCACUAGAGAUCCUGGUUCGAAUCCAGGCUCUGUCGUAGCCGGCCGCGACCGGGAGACCCAUGGGGCGGCGCACAAUUCAUCCAGGGUAGGGGAGGGAAUGGCUGGCAGGGAUGUAGCUCAGCAUGUAGAGCAUGGUGUUUGCAACGCCAGGGUUGUGUGUUUGAUUCCCACGGGGGGCGAGUAUGAAAAAAGAAUGUAUGCACUCACUGUAAGUCGAGUGUCUGCUAAAUGACUGUAAUGUAAAAAUGUUGAACUAAUUGUGAUUAAUGAGGAGCAUCUGUGGUGCCUCUUUUCAAUGACAGAAUCUCUGCCAGGGCCCCUGUCUCAGCUAAACAGGUGGUAAUGAAGAAAAGCCACUUUUUCCUGUCCUCAUUGUUGUCAGAGCAGCCCUAAUCCUGAUUAGCUUGUGCUUUCUUCUCUCUUCUGUCUAGAUCAGCCACAAGCCCAGCACCCUCAGCUCCAGUGACAUCACCAGGGUCCUGUCACACACAGACCUGAACCAGAUGUGGCAGAGGGACCUCAGGCCUCUGCUAGUGACACGGUACCCCAACUCUGCAGGCAGCCUGGCAGUGCAACAGGUCGGUAUCCCCAUGGCUGAGGGCAUGAACAAUCGACUGUGUGUGGUCUACUUAUAACGCCAUAGGCAUGAUUAGACUAGUCAUGUACAGUGUAUGUAGGAGAGGGGAUUUAGUCAGUUCUUUUUAGUCAGUUACCAGGAUAAAUGUUUCCCAAUGUGUUUCCCAAUGCUGUUGUACUAUUAUUAAUUUUAUGCCCGAUAAUGUUUCGUUCUCCCACUUAGUCAAUUCAAUGACUAGCACUCGUCGGGUUCUCUGAGGGCAGGCUGGGAUGUUAAGGAGGACAGGUUUGAGUCACACACCCCUUACGGUCCCAUGACCUUCAACAACAUCAUGCUACCCUCAACCCCUCCGCUAAGCGCCAUCUGGUGCUGGCAUGCCACUACGACUCCAAGUACUACCCUCCCCAGUGGCAUGGGCGUGAGUUCCUGGGUGCCACGGACUCAGCGGUGCCCUGUGCCAUGAUGUUGGAGCUGGUACGGGCUCUGGAUCAGGAGCUGAAGACUCUGAAGGUGGGGAAAGGUUUAGAAUUUUCUCAUGUGUCCACUUUAGUCUGUACAAUCAUUUAUGUUUACUGAGCAAUAUUAGAUCAGAAAAGUUUGUAAAAGCCCUCUCAAAGUUUUUACACAGCUGUAGCCAAGAUCAACAAAGAAUUGCAGGAUGCUGAGAGAUGAAAAUAGAUGGACAUAGCAGUCACAGAGCCUCUCACAUUGCUGUUUGUGUUGCCCUGCUCCAUAGGUCAGCUGACCUCUGUCUGAGGGGAUGGGUCCUGAGUGACAGGGGCUGCCAUAGGGCUGGGCCAGGGGUCAUGGUUAUCUGACACUACAGACAGUGACAAAGGCCACACUUAAUUAACUAACUGAAUACUGAUUUCUUCAUAGCAGUGUUUUGUUUAAACCAAUAGGUGGCAGCAAAGCUAAAAGUUCUCACCAGUUGUUCCCCAAGUACUGUUUGGAGUGACUAAUAAACAUCUCUUUCACUUCCUGGCCCCCACCUCUUCUCUUUCUGUCUCACUCUCUCGCUCAUCCUCUACCAGAGAUCCAAUCCCAACCUGUCUCUCCAGCUGUUGUUCUUUGAUGGAGAGGAGGCUCUGUUUCAGUGGACCUCUACAGACUCCCUGUACGGCUCCCGCCACCUGGCCCAGAAGAUGGAAAACACAGCACACCCACCUGGAGCCACAGACACCAACGAACUGCAUGGCAUUGUAUGUCAGGCAUUACAUGCACAUAUUCAAACAACUAAGCACAAAUUCAACCAAUUCAGCUUAUGGGGAACUAAUUUUCACCCAGUUGCAGUGCAGGGAUGGGCCAUCUUAAAGCCUAUGUCCUUCAUAUGUUUGAUUUAUAAACCCAUCUUUCAGCCUUGUCAAGCAACCAUUAGGGAGGCUUGAGUAGUGGAAUAUAUUUUGACAUUUAUCAUGCCAUCUACGAUAACAUUAUGUCAAAUAAAUCUAAGAUGUGUUAUUCUGUAUUCUAGCUGUAUCCUAGCUAUGGAGAGAUAGUACUACUGUUGUUUAAACAAAUAGAGCGCCAUUCCUGUCAGGGAAGAGAGAUAAAGGAGAGAGGCUCAUAGUCCUGCAGUGAGGUAUGUGUGUGUUUUAGAGAUGGGCCAUGCAUUGGGCAUGGUACUAGUGUUCAGGACCGGCACCAGAAUGAGUCAGUUGGAUGGGCAUUUUACGUAAUUUAACUAUAAAAAUAUAUUACCUUUUAAUGUGGCAUGAACACAACCAGUCAUUAUGUUUUCGUCUGACUGUCAAACAAAUCACUUUAAAAAGUAGGUUACCUUCGCACGUUCGUCCAAAAUAAUUCCAUCAUCCGAACAGUGCACUGUGAACCCACCAACUUUCCUUCGAUUCGCAAGUGGCUGAAGCAUCCAAGUGAGCAAAACAGUUCCCUGGGUCUUACUGUAUGCGGCCCAUGUAUCUGAUGCUGUCUGGCCAAAAAGAGUUUGACAUGCCAGAAACAUGGGCUACACACAGAUUAGUGAUCGUACACAGAUCUGCAGAUGUUAUCGCAGGUGCAGCGAAAUGCUUGUGUUUCAAGCUCCAUCAAUACAGUAAUACAAAACAAUACACACAUAAUCCAAAAAGGAAGAAAUAAAUAAAUAUCAGAAUGAUACAGAGAGGGGCAUUGUUUCCCUCGCUCGGAUGCUUUAUCUGAGAUUGAUGCGUCUUUCUGUCGGCGCUCAUCUCGGUCAAAUAAAUGAUGACCUGAGGGGAUCUUUUGUCGUCUUUUUCAUCCUCUCACCCUCCUCUUCUUCUUACGCCCACUCCUCCAGGACCUGUUUUUGCUCUUAGACUUGAUUGGAGGCCCCAGCCCACGCUUUGGCAACCAGUUCCCCAACACUGCCAGGUGGCUCACCAGAAUGCAGAACAUUGGUGAGCUCUCUCUCUCUCUCUCUCUGCCCACAGGAGACCCCUCUCUCUGAGAUCCUGCAGUUGGAUCCGUCGAGGGACCUCAGCAGCCUAGCCCAGGGCAGCAACCCACACUAGCUAAGCCCUUUGCCCUAUGUUGAAUGUUCCCUCUCUUUUCAGAGCGUCGUUUGCACAACACGGGCCACCUGAAGGACCAUCCAAACGACGUACAGUACUUCUGGCCCGGUAUGCCUGUGGGUCCGGUGCAGGAUGACCACAUGCCAUUCCUCAACAGAGGUAAACUAACACACAACACACUGGGUCUGACAUAGGCUUGGCUGUGUUCAGUAGGGUACUAAUGAGCUUUGUAUUCUGGUUUCCUAUCAGGUGUGCGCGUACUCCAUCUCAUCCCCACCCCCUUCCCCUCUGUGUGGCACACGUUUGAUGACAAUGAGCAGAACCUGGACCGCUCCACCAUCGAGAACCUCAACAAGAUCCUGCAGGUGUUCGUGCUGGAGUACCUCAACAUGAAACCUCAAGUCCUGAACCCCCAAAACGCCCCCUAAAUGUUAGGGCUUCCCUGCUUCUACUGGGGCCCCAUAACACAGCUCUCUCACACACACACACACACA